AUGGUGGAGGCGGACAUGGGCGAGUACGUCGGCUUUAUCCACCAAUUUACCAUCGGGUUGGCGAUUUCCUGUUUGUGUGAGAAGAGAUGGUCAGGUGUCACGCGGCAAAUGGCCGGCUUGCCGACUUGGCGGCUCUAUCCAUUCGUGGAACUGCGAGAACGUUAUCUUAAUAGUCGCCCAUGGAAAGCCCUCCUCGACUGCCGAUUACAGCUGAACUCCGGAGCUCAGGAGGCAGAAGAGACCAGUGUUCGUGGCAUAGCGAGUGGCUACCGCGCAGCAGAGCGCCCAUUGCCCUUCAACUGUUAA